AUGCUUAUAAUUUUAUUUCAAUUACUAUGGUGCUGCUUCUCACUCAUGUUAUAAUUUGUUGAAGAUGACAGAGCAAAAUGUUUAGAUGGUACCUUAGGAGUAUUUUGACUAAAUAAAUAUAGUCCUAUUACUUUCAAGAAGGAUUUGAAGGCGGUUAGAAUAAAUUUAUUGUAUUUUUUGAGGGAGGAGAGUAAGUAUAAAUAAUUACAAAAGGUUGAUUUUGGGUAAUACUGAAGAAGAAUUUUUAAUGAAUGCUGUUGAAAAGUUUAAAUAUGAAUUUUAUUAAGGAUGCAAACAUAACAAGGAAGUUCACUAAAUAGAGCUAGUUCAUUAGAAUAGGAUGGAAUAUUAUCUUCAGAUAAACAAAAAAAUUAUUAUUUCCAUAAUUGGAAUCUAAUCCACAUAAAUUAUUGCGAUGGAGUUGGUUCUGAUAAUUAAAAUUUUAUUAGGCUUUCAAGGUUAUAAAUCAGAAUCAGUUUAUUUCUAAAAACACACUAUGUAUUUUAGAGGUGAAUUAAUUAUAAGAAGCAUUUUUGACCAUUUUAAGACUAAAUUUUAAAAAGCUGAAAUAAUAAUAUUAUCAGGUUGUUCAAUUGGUGGAAUUGCAGCUCUUUAAUGGGAAUAGUAUCUUACUUCAUUAGUUCCAAAUAAUAUCUCAAUAUUAUUUGUAGCUGAUUCAAGCAUAUUAUUUGAUAUGUAAACAAUAGAUGGAAUUAAUUUAUUAUAAUAAUCAUUGAAGAUUAUGAAUUAUAUUGCUAAUAAUGAAACCUAAGUUCCUCAUAAAAAAUGUGCUUUCAAUUUUCCAAAUUAAAAUUGGAAAUGUUUGUAUUUCUAAAAUUUAAUACUUUAUAUUUAACGACCAGUAUUUAUUAUAUAACCCUUUUAUGAUAUAAAAUUUCUUUAAAAUUAUCUCGAUAUUAAAUGUAUUAAAGAUUAAACAUUGAAAAAUUGUUAAAAUAAUGAAAUGAAUUUAAUUGAUCUAGUUUACUUGAAAUUUAAUCAAAUAAUUUAAGAAUCACUGAUUAAAAAUUAUAAUACUGGCUCUUUUGCUCCUAGUUGUAUUUCACAUUGGUAAAUUUAGAUAUUAAAUUUAGUUUUUUUGUAAGCUAAUUAUCAUUUUCUCUUAAAUGGACAAUCCCUGAAGGUUCAAAUAGGACAGUAUAUCAAACUUUAGUAAAAUGGGUAAAAAGACAAUAAUCAAAUUAAUAUAAUUAAGGUGAUUUUGGAUUGAUAGAUUAAGUACCAUGGCCAAUGAAUUCUGGAUGUGCUGAAUUAUCAUCGUUACAAAAUAUAAUUAAAUUGAUAAAAAUGAUUUUAUUGAUCAUCAUUAUUUGUUUUUGA